CGCUGAAAAUGGCGACGUGUUUGAACGAAGGAACAACAAAUAUGUAUAACAAUAUCACUGUGGUAGACGUAAUGUGCCCUGUGUGCAGAGGAAUUUUCAUUGAACCUGUAGUAAUGCCCUGCCAUCACGUCCUGUGUCUACAGUGUUUUCAACGUACCAUGGAAGAAACGAGUUUGACCUGUCCUAUGUGUAGAAAACGAAUAGGUAGUUGGUUAAGGACAGCUACGAAAGAUCAGAACUUAGUAAAUAAAGAGUUAUGGGCCAUCAUUCAAAAGCGAUUUCCGGAGCAACUUCAAGCAAAAUUGAGUGGAAAUGACGAUGGGAUCGAAGAACAUGUUGUUGGUCGAGUAUCAACUCAAAUCAGUCUACCAGGCGACAUACGUAGAGAAUAUGAAAUACAUAUUCACAAGUUGGAAGAAGAAUCGCGAAAGAAAUUGGAAGCGGAACGUCGGGCAAGCGAAGAGCUUAUAUGUAAAAUAAUGGAGGAAGAGGAGAGGAAUUACCUUGCUGCACGGCAGCAGCUGUUGGAUCAGGCAGCAGCUGAUGAACAGAUUGCGAGAGAUCUUCAGAAAGAGUCAUUGCAGAGCACUGGUGAUAGUGGUUUGACUGUCAAGAAGGAGAUUGGUGGUCUCCAUGUUCGAAUGGAUAACAAAGAGAACAACAGUCAAGCACAAGGCACUAUAGGGACCCAAAUAAAGGGACCCAUGGAUUCGUACAUAAUUCCACAGCAGAAGAAGUCAACUGUCUCAAGUGGCAAAUUUCCGACUGCAUCUGACAGUAGCUUCAGCGUUAAGUUUAUUAGCAGUAAACUUAAAACUGGACCAGAGCUGGAGAGAGUCCGUUGCACAAGCAACAUGAGUACGGGCAGCCAUGAUAGCAUUAAUCAGGAAAUGCAUCAUUUCAAGCCUAUUAAGAGUGUACCCCGGACUCCACCCAAAAAACUAUCCGAUGGUAGAGUAUUUGUUCCAAUGGUAAUUAAAGCAGUUCCAGUGAAUUUAAAUCCGUUAUAUGAGUCACUUAAUGAAUCCAGUCCAACAGAGCCAUUAAUCAGCGCAUCGUGUAGACAGCAGCUAAUGAAGAUGCAGAUGGAACAGAUGAGAAGUUUGAAGGGUGUGUUAAGAACUUCGGAAAUGAAUCCACCAAUUUCAGCAUUUACAGGGGGAGCAUCCUGCUGGCAGAAGAAAGAGGCCUUCAAACCUGGGAGUGACAGCAGUAAGAAAGAACACACUACAGAAGGUAUAGAAUCACCUAGGAAGAAAGUAUGCCAAGGUGUUACUAUGGAUGGGCAGAAGUCAAAUUUUACACUGGCAGGACUGAGUUCUUAUAGCAAUGAAGAAUGCAGGGGGAAGAAAGUAAUAGCAAUUGUACACAACCAAGCUGAUGCAUUGGUGGAAGUGGAAGGAAAGAUUGGUGGUCAUGACAGGAGGUUUGGUGGUUCUGAAGAGGAAGAUAAUUGUGCUUUUAGUUUGGUGGACAAGGUGACAGAUAGGGAUGAAUCAGAUGAUGAACUAACCUAUCAUGAUCCAGAAGGGACAGGAGUGCUCCGUGUAGAGCCAGAAUAUUACAAUCAGUCUUCAGCAAGGAUAAGGUAUCCAAAUAAAGCAAUAGAACAUGAGACUUCCUCUUUAGAAAUUAAUUUAAAAGUGAAUCAACUUAACAUAAAUCCAAGUGAAAGAACCCCUGCCAAACACUGCAGAAAUACUCAUCAUACUCAGCGAAAUAACAUAAAGCAGGUUCACAAUAACAAUAAUAACAAUGAAGUUAAAACUGCCAUUGAGCCAAAUAUACAUGGAGAAACUCCUGCUUCAGCUGUUUCUGAAAAGAAGGAAGAUAAUAUUGCAGAAAAAUUCAAAGACAGCUUGGGUGAUGAUAUUCCUUUUGUAGGUGAAGGUGCAUCUCUGAUGCUAUCCAAGGAGCAAGCCCGAAUUGAAAUGCUGAUCAGACAGGAGCAAGCAGACUUGGAGCUGGCACUGAGGUUACAGCAUGAAUGGGAUGCUGCUGACAGAAGAGUUGACAGAAGUAAAGGAUCGCUCCGAGCAUAUGAACUGAGGAACAGUAGUAAACCCCGAACAACAAAGAGGAAGGCUGCAGCUAAGAGGGAAGGGAGAGGUCGACAAAGCACAUUAGAGGAAUCCUUUACUGGGACCCUGCGUUCUACAAGAAAACGACAAGGACAUUGCCACAAUUCCUAAAGCUCUGGUUUCUCAAUGUCUGUUACUAUUAUAACAGGUCUUAUCCUUUGUACCAUCUUUUAACAUUCCCCAAAGUGCCCCCACCAACUGUCCAUGCUAGAACUGUAAUAUGCAGCAGAGUGUAUUGACCUUAAAAGAAUAGUGUAUAAUGAAAAACAAUAGACUUUUAUAGUGUAAAAAUUAGUGUUUUAUAAAGCUACAUGGAUCUUUUAGGGUAAUCAAAAUAUGGCCAUGAGGAGUUUUGUCAAUUUGGAUAAGAAAACUGAUAUUGUUUGUAAUCUUCCAGAGACUGUGAUAUAUGGAUUUACUAGUUUGUAAGUGUUAAAGAUUACAUCUUAUGAAUAGACA